CACGUACCGCUUGAGCGACAGCGGGGCCUACUAAACUACUGGGGGUACCUGCAUACUAACCGGGGCUUUCUUCUACCAACAUCGGGGAGGCUUCGCCUCCGAUACCAAGGGUGCCGCCGGGAACGCUCAAGUGGCGCCACUGGGAAUCGAACUAAGGACCUCCCACAUCCAGAGCUCAAUUGGUCCAGUGGUUUCACCACUAGGCUAUGUUACCUUUGGCUUUCGCAUAACUUUUUAAGGAAUAUGAUAUGAUCCAAAUUGGCCACUUCUACGAGUCACAAUUACUUGCCAAAGAAGCUAUCAAAGUUGGGAAGAAGAAAGGCAGAAUUUGGCUAAGUCAAAAUCCGUGUUCAGGAUACAUACUUUGGAGGCAUGGUUCUCUCAAUUGGCUUGGUGGAAAUUCUAUUUUAAUAGUUUGUUUUGCAGAUAAAGUUGCCAACUUUCCAAUGGUAUGCUUUGUGGAUCCAGAUGAUGUCAUUAAGGUUGUUUUCCAAGGCCUCCAAGUUGCUACCUCAAAACUGGAAAACUGCCAGAAAAUGGUUAAGUCUGGAAACUGUUUUGUGAAGCCUACUUUGGAGCUUGAUUCGAGGAGUAUGGAUCUGAUUCAAGACCAAAGGCUUCCACAACAUAAAACUAGGUAUGUUUAUGUACAAAGGGAAGGAAUUGGAUGAAGGAUUGGAGUUCGGGAAGGCUUCGAACGAAUGGCACGAAGUUACUACGAAAGCUGCUUUUUGACUGUUUGUUGGCAGCUUGCUUGUGCAUCAAGAAAGGGAGUUUAAACCCGAAUUUUUGUGUCCUUUUUAGUGUAGACUUUUACCUUAAUUGUUGCCUAGCUCUAUUAGGAUUGUAUUAGGUUUAUUUUCAUUUAAAUACCUUCUAAUUACGUUGUAAAAUUCAGACUUUGAUUAAUCGAAAAACAAACCUUUGGUUUUGUGCAAGUUGCGACUUGUUUUGGGUUUGGUGGAUUCCAAACUUGUUGAGCUUGUGUAUCGAUUGAAUAGUCACUUCAAUCGUGGUCGAGCAACUACCCUCUUAUACCAAUCGAGCUAUCCCAGGUGUGGAUUUGUCCUUUUGGUUCCGUUUUAUCCAAGUUCGUAUUAAAAACGCUUCGUUCUUGAUUCGAACUCAAUCGAUUCUUCGAUUGAGUCGUUAGCUGCGUGACUUUGAUAACAUACACCCCUCCAGGGGCGUAUCAAGUGGUAUCAGAGCCCCGUUCUACACAAGGGCGAAGGAGAAGAAGAACCUGCUGUUUCGUAUAAGCAGUUUUAUCGAGUUCCAAAACAGGGCAGCCCCUGUUUGUACUUUGCAGCUGCUGUUUUUGUUUGAAGUUUUCGGUUCUACACCAAGAGAUGGUGGAGAGCAGUAUAGAGGCAAGGAAGAUGCAAAUUCUUGUCCAAGAGGAGCAGCCAGCAGCUGUUUUUAAGCAACGAGAAUCCGAUGAGCAGCGUGAUAAUCUAUUUCACAGCCGAUGCUUUGUCGAAGGCAAGUUAAUUUCGUUCGUGAUCAAUGGAGGUUGCUGCUCAAACAUCAUCAGCCUAUACGCCGUUCAAAAGCUUGGAUUGACGACACAAAGGCAUCCAGCGCCUUACCAACUCAGCUGGAUCAACGAACACGGUACGAUUAAUGUUACGAAGCAAGUCGUAGUUCGUUUUAAAAUUGGUGGCUACGAAGAUGAGGUAAUUUGUGAUGUUGUGUCGAUGAAUUAUGUUCACCUAAUACUGGGUCGACCUUGGCAAUUCGACAGAGGGGUUACCCAUAACGGUUGGGAGAAUUCCUACACAUUCAGAUACAAAGGUAGGAAAAUCAAGCUGAAACCUCUUUCUCCAGAUGACGUUUACACUGAUCAGAAGCAAAUAGAGGAGAAUCAAAACGAGGUAAAGGAGCCUCGGGCUCAAUUAUGGAUUCAACGACGUAUUGGCUUCAAUUUUAUGAGCUUUCGAAAGCUCCCGAACGCAACUCCAAUGCUCGAAUCCGGCGACAGGCAUGACCCCUGUUUUGCGCUGCCAAAACAGAGUUUCGACUCUGGUAUCCCUGCCUACGCUGAGGAAGAGAAGACAGAGCCCGAUGCGGCCAGAAUAACGUCUCUGGAUGUGUUGGGAAGGAUUGAAAAUUGAGAAGAAGCGCUGGAGCCGGCUGCCGAUGGACGAAUCGGCCUGGUUACAAGCCACGCAGAGUUCCAGUCUGCCCCGGCAAAACAGAGGAAGAGAGAGGGGCAAUUGGGUAGCAACCUGGGGAAUGAUCCGAACGUAGAAACUGAUGCCAAAUCGUUCCAUGAUUAAUGGAAAAGCUCUCCUAUCAAGGGAAUUACGUCGACGUUCCCUAAUUUGCAGGAUGAUGAUCGAACUUAAACACCCCUGGCGGAGCUCGCACACGAGGAAGAAAAGGUGGAAUUGGGUGGAAUCUCCGACGAAGAGUCGAACUUCGCCGCCGGUGUAGAAAUAGUCACUACCACCCCAGAAACAUCUCAAGUUUAUUCGUUCGACAUGAUUGUAGCGGAUUUUGAAGAAUCAAUUCGUCCAGCAAGGGCUCUGUUUGUGAAGAGCCCUGCCGACGACGAGCCUCUCUUACGUAGAGCAAUUGAGCUCAAUUUGAGCCAAAUCAAGGAUGCAGAAUCAU